GGAUAAGCAUGGGUGGUGUAUGAGCAAGUUUGCGAAAUGGUUAUUCGUAUCUGAACUUGUUGUGAUAUGAAUUAAUAUGAAUCUUGAAAGUUACAAUCUCCCUGGGCACCUUCUCAAUUGUCAUCUACCCCUCAUUAAGAUGUACCUAGCCUCUUAAGAUCAUUUCAUGUUGUCAACUUUUAAGUUGAGUUAGAGAUGGUAUGCAUUAUGUUGAUUAGCAAAUCAGUCCAUAUUAUUGAGUUUGGCCCUAUUGAUGGAAGUGAAAUUAUUUCUAUUUAAACGAUUGCGUAUAAUGCCCUAGGUGGGUGAUUUGAUAGAGGUUAGGAAGUUGGGUAUAUUAUCAGAUGUGAUUGUGGUAAUGUUGCCAUCCACUUUGUUGCCUUUUGUCUUUCAAGCACUACAGGCAGGUGUACAAGACCUGCUGAUUUCAUUGGCAACUUCCCCAAUGAGUCUGUCGCUAUGCACGAGUUUUGUUUGUCAUUCAGGAAACCAUUGCCCCUAUCACCACUAAACAUUUUUGCUCCUAAAGUUCAUGCUCCAUAGGCAGUUGUAUGAAGCAUAUACUUGAUAGAACAAAGUCGAUGUCUAUAAGCAGGUGUCAAUUUAUGUGACUACAUCUAGGUUUAGAUACAAAAAAAGAGGUCAAUUCACUUUAGUAAAUCUGUUUUCACUGGGUUUGAUUGUAUGUUUUCAACCCAUUCCUGUAAUUUAAUCAGGCGAUAUGUAAUGUAAACCUUUAUGCGGCUACUGGACCUGAAUUCAUGCUUUAUGUGACUUAUGGUAUGCCUUUUUAGCUGCAUAUAAGUAUUUUCUGGAAUUUUAUUACACCUAAAUAUUGCGAUGGAAUUGCCUGGAAAUGAUGAAGGUCCCAUGCUGAUUUUUGUUUUUUCUUUGUUGUUAGAUGUUAGUGCAUUGUAUGAUGCUUGCUAUCAAGUUUUGGUAACUGAGUGGAAUGUGUUGAAGUCUGUGGGACUUGUAUCUGCAGAAGAGUCCAAGACAAGAAUGGUGGAUGGUGAUUGCAAAGGCUUUCUGGAUCAGCUGUUUGAGGUAAACUUUAACACCAAUUUUAGGCAACUGAAUUCGAAAAUACUAGUUUGCUUAUUUUGGAGGAUACUAGAGGUGUUUGUCUCAACAAUGCUGGUAGAUGUCUUGUUGGAUGAUAGUGGAAACUAGAUGUCCACAUUU